CUCCUAAACAGAAUAUGCAUCUCUUCUAUCCUUGUGGCCACGCAUUUCAUUACCUUUUGCAUAACUCAAGAGAUCAGAUUUCCAAAAUUCAGUGAUGGGGAAUUGCCUUCCUCUCCCUUGGACGAAAAGCAAGGCUUUGCCGAUUGAAACCCUCUUCAGGCUUCCCUCUCCAUUACCAACAUGGCCUCCGAGCGAAGGGUUUGGGAGCGGAGUGAUUGAUCUCGGUGGCUUACUUGUGCGUCAGUUAUCAUCUUUCACAAAAAUCUGGGCCACUUACCAAGGAGGACCUGAUGACCUCGGUGCCACCUUUUUUGAACCUUCGGAAAUGCCAGAGGGCUUCUUUUUGCUGGGCUGUUACAGCCAACCCAACAAUAAGCCACUCUUUGGCUGGGUUCUGGUUGCAAAGGAUGACAGUACGGAUGCUUCUUUACUGGCCAAACCGGUUGAUUACACCCUUGUUUGGAGCAGUGAAUCACUUAACAUGAAGAAAGAUGGCAAUGCCUACUUUUGGUUGCCUACUCCCCGUGAUGGGUAUAAGACUAUGGGCCAUGUCAUCACCAACUCCCCGGAGAAGCCUUCUCUAGACAAAAUACGCUGCGUUCGAUCUGAUUUCACUGAUGGAUGCGAGGCUGACACCUGGAUAUGGGGGCCCCAAAAGAAUGUCAACGAAACUGGAUUCAAUGUUUUCAGUGUGAGGCCAAGCAUAAGAGGAUCCCAAGCUAUGGGGGUAUCCGUGGGCACAUUUGCAGCUGGAAAUGGAAAUGGCAGUGUUAAUCUGGCUUGUUUGAAGAAUGCCAAAUCAGAUUUGUCUUACAUGCCCAAUUUACACCAAAUUGAGAUAUUGUUUCAAGCUUACUCUCCUUGGAUUUAUUUUCAUCCGAAUGAAAAGCACCUUCCGUCUUCAGUUAGUUGGUAUUUUAUCAAAGGGGCGUUGCUAUACAAAAAGGGAGAAGAGUCCAACCCGGUUGUAAUCGAACCAACGGGUGCAAACCUUCCCCAAGGCGGUUCCAAUGAUGGAGCGUACUGGUUGGACCUUCCUGUAGAUGAAGGUGCCAAAGAGAGAGUAAAGAAAGGAGAUUUAAGCAACUCCCAGGCUUAUUUACAUGUAAAGCCUAUGCUAGGUGCAACCUUUACGGACAUGGCGAUAUGGGUUUUCUACCCCUUCAACGGACCAGCAAGAGCUAAGGUUGAAUUUAUCAACGUUGAUUUGGGGAAGAUAGCAGAGCUUGAGUUUCAAGGUGGUAAUAAGCCAGUAAGUUAUUCAUCUCUGAACGGGCAUGCCAUAUAUUCCAAACCUGGACUAGUUCUACAAGGGAGCAGCGGAAUAGGUAUCAGGAAUGACACUGCUAAGAGUACGAUGUUGAUGGAUACUGGAAGACAAUUUUCUGUAGUUGCAGCCGAUCAUCUAGGUUCUACUGUUACAGAACCACCAUGGCUCAACUACUUUAGAGGAUGGGGUCCAAAAAUUAGUUAUAACAUUGACGAUCAGAUCAAGACAGUAGAGAAAGCACUGCCCGGGAAGCUUAAAUCGGUCUUCGAGAAGGCAGUGAAGAGCAUACCAAAAGAAGUACUUGGGGAGGAAGGGCCUACCGGUCCCAAGGUGAAAGCGAACUGGACUGGAGAUGAGAUUUGAAUAGUUUAUAACAAUAGCUAG